AAUUGCUCUUAGUUAGAAACAUGAUGUACUCAAUACUUAAAUUUUAUACAUGUAUACCUGCUAAAUGCUACCAAUGGGUGUGGUUUAAAAUGUUUUGGUGGCUGAAGAACUUAAAACUCCGGUCCCUAUCAGUUCGUAAUGUGGACCAGGUUACACUACAUGACAUGUAUAGUUUAUGGCACUAUACCAUGACUGGAAAAGUUAGCUAUGAUGACUUUUUGGAGCUACACAAUUCAUUUGAUACUAUACUACUGAUGCAUGAUCGAAGAAAUAAUAAACUAUGCGGAGCAACUGCUUAUAGUGUUAUACCAACUUCACUGAAAAGAAAAUCAAAGCCUGUAUCAAUUAUAAGAUCAGGGCCAGCAUAUAUCCGUCCUGAAUAUCAAAGAAUGAAAAUUCUUCGUGACUUUACUUUAUACUCAAUAGCCAAAGAGAGGUUUCGUCAUCCAUUUGCCUCACUCUACUAUUCCGUCAAUUUUAUUAAUUACAAAGGUUAUCCGGGAUUUGCUGGAAUUUCAAGUAGAGCCUAUCCUCGCUAUGACAAACCCACUCCAGAAAUGGAACAGAAAGUUAUUGAUUAUUAUGUACUGAAUAUACUCAAUCUUCACGACUGCUAUAACAGGGAAAGGAGUGUAAUAAAGACAAAACAGUCAAUAAAGGAGGAGUUUGCCAUCAUUACUGAGGAAAGUUUAAAGAACCCACACAUUAGGUUCUAUAAGGAAAGAAAUCCUGAUUUUCUGAAGGGAUAUGCACUGGUAGGUAUUUUGGAAGUAUCUUGGAAAUCAGUGUUCUCAAAAUAAUUUUUAAAAGUAGAUAGUUAUAGUAUUGACAUUGUUUAUCAUGUUCUUUCAUAAAUUCAAUUCAUUUUAAUUAAAUAUGGCCCCACCCAAGAGGUUAUUAAAAUGGCGAAAAAGAUGGUGGAAAUAAAGGAGCUCUCGGAUUUUGUGGAUUGGUUUGAAGCUAAUCACGAAACAAAGGAUAGAGUAGAAUUCAAAAUUUAUAAAAAGCACACUGGUUAUCCUGUGCCAAGCCACAACGAGCAAGUAAGGACUGCUAUCUGUUAUGGCUGGAUUGACACAACAGUAAAGAGGAUUGAUGAGGACUCCUUUAUGAGAGUGUUUGUUAAGCGCAAAGAUACUGCUAGUUGGAGCGUAAAUACUCUAAGGUAUGCUGCUGAGCUAACGAAACAAGGAAAAAUGAAACCACUUGGAACAAGACAUUAUUUAAGAGCAUUGGAAAAGAAGAAAAUAGUCACACCCCGCAAAUCAUCAAAGUCUUCAUCUGGAUCUAAAAAGACUUGAAUUCAAUUCAGUAUUUUUAUAUAUUUUUAAUUUCUAGCUUUUAUGACACCAACCCGAAACAAC